AACAUACUUUGGUUGAUCAAUGCUUGUGGGUCGAACAACAACAAAUAUCGCUGCAGGUUUGCUAACUAGGGUGGUUAGUUAGUUAGCUGUCAAAAACAUGCUUCUUCAGACUUUCAGGCCAUGGCUGACCUUGCUCCGUUGCAGAGGAUUGCCAGUAGCAACAACACGACUUUACCACGGUGACAGAGUCGCAGCCGUCGGUACACAGCCUGACACACAGUCCGCGGAGUUUGCGGAAAACUAUGAACGAAUGCAAGUCCUUGUUGAUGAGUUGAAAGGUAGAUCGGAGAAAAUCAAAUUGGGUGGAGGAGAACGUGCCAGAAAGCUACACAUCUCCAGAGGGAAGCUCCUCCCCAGAGAACGCAUAGACAGACUGCUGGACCCAGGGUCUCCGUUCCUGGAAUUCUCCCAGUUUGCAGCAUAUGAGCUCUAUGGGAAAGAGGAGGUUCCAGCAGGAGGCAUCAUCACAGGGAUUGGCAGAGUCUCAGGGGUGGAGUGUGUUAUUGUUGCUAACGACGCCACAGUGAAAGGAGGCACCUACUACCCAGUCACAGUGAAGAAGCAUCUCCGAGCCCAGGAGAUAGCUCAGCAGAACCACCUGCCAUGUAUCUACCUGGUGGACUCCGGAGGAGCCAACCUCCCCAGACAGGCCGAGGUCUUCCCAGACAGAGACCACUUUGGACGGAUCUUCUUCAACCAGGCUCGCCUCUCCUCAGACGGAAUAGGACAGAUAGCGGUGGUUAUGGGGUCGUGUACAGCGGGAGGAGCGUAUGUCCCAGCCAUGGCUGAUGAGAGUAUCAUCGUCAGGAAACAAGGAACCAUCUUCCUGGGAGGACCUCCUCUGGUAAAAGCAGCAACAGGGGAGACUGUCUCUGCUGAGGAUCUUGGAGGGGCGGAUCUUCACUGCAGGAAGUCAGGCGUAACAGACCACUACGCUCUAGACGAUAGCCACGCCCUUCACCUGGCUCGCAAGGCCGUCCGCAACCUCAACUACACCAAGAACAUACAGGUGACCACAGAGCCCCCCGAGGUGCCUCUCUACCCAGCUGAGGAGCUGUAUGGCAUCGUAGGAGCCAACCUCAAACGCAACUUUGACGUCAGAGAGGUGAUAGCCAGGAUUGUCGAUGGCAGCCGGUUUGAUGAGUUCAAAGCCUUCUACGGAGAUACGGUGGUUACAGGGUUCUCCAGGAUAUUUGGUUACCCUGUUGGAAUCAUUGGUAACAAUGGAGUCCUGUUCUCAGAGUCUGCUAAGAAAGCAACUCAUUUCAUAGAGUUGUGCUGUCAAAGAAACAUUCCACUUAUCUUUCUACAAAACAUCACGGGCUUCAUGGUGGGCAGGGAGUACGAGGCAGGUGGCAUCGCCAAGGACGGGGCUAAGAUGGUCACGGCGGUUGCGUGUGCCAACGUGCCCAAGAUCACGGUGAUCAUCGGCGGCUCGUACGGAGCGGGCAACUACGGCAUGUGUGGCAGAGCCUACAGCCCCCGGUUUCUGUACAUGUGGCCCAACUCCCGUAUCUCUGUGAUGGGUGGAGAGCAGGCUGCCACCGUACUAGCGACCAUCACUAGAGACCAGCGGACUAGAGAGGGCAAGGAGUUCACAGCAGAGCAGGAGGCCGCCAUGAAGGAACCCAUCGUCAAACGGUUUGAAGAGGAAGGAAGCCCGUACUUCUCCAGCGCUAGGCUGUGGGAUGACGGUAUCAUCGACCCGGCUGACACCCGUCUGGUUCUGGGAAUGAGUCUCAGUGCUACACUCAAUGCCCCGACACAGAGGACACGCUUUGGAGUGUUCCGGAUGUAGACAUCCACGGGCCCACUGGAGGACAGACUAGACAUCCACAGACAGGCUAAACAUCCACAGACAGACUAAACAUCCACAGACAGACUAGACAUCCACAGACCCACUAGAGGACAGGCUAAACAUCCACAGACCCACUAGAGGACAGACUAGACAUCCACAGACCCACUAGAGGACAGACUAGACAUCCACAGACCCACUAGAGGACAGGCUAAACAUCCACAGACCCACUAGAGGACAGACUAGACAUCCACAGACCCACUAGAGGACAGGCUAAACAUCCACAGACCCACUAGAGGACAGACUAAACAUCCACAGACCCACUAGAGGACAGGCUAAACAUCCACAGACCCACUAGAGGACAGACUAAACAUCCACAGACCCACUAAAGGACAGACUAGACAUCCACAGACCCACUAGAGGACAGGCUAAACAUCCACAGACCCACUAGAGGACAGACUAGACAUCCACAGACCCACUAGAGGACAGACUAAACAUCCACAGACCCACUAGAGGACAGACUAAACAUCCACAGACCCACUAGAGGACAGACUAAACAUCCACAGACCCACUAGAGGACAGACUAAACAUCCACAGACAGACUAGACAUCCACAGACAGACUAGACAUCCACAGACCCACUAGAGGACAGGCUAAACAUCCACAGACAGACUAGACAUCCACAGACAGACUAGACAUCCACAGACAGACUAAACAUCCACAGACCCACUAAAGGACAGACUAGACAUCCACAGACCCACUAGAGGACAGACUAAACAUCCACAGACCCACUAGAGGACAGACUAGACAUCCACAGACCCACUAGAGGACAGGCUAAACAUCCACAGACCCACUAGAGGACAGACUAAACAUCCACAGACCCACUAGAGGACAGACUAAACAUCCACAGACCCACUAGAGGACAGACUAAACAUCCACAGACCCACUAGAGGACAGACUAAACAUCCACAGACCCACUAGAGGACAGACUAGACAUCCACAGACCCACUAGAGGACAGGCUAAACAUCCACAGACCCACUAGAGGACAGACUAAACAUCCACAGACCCACUAAAGGACAGACUAGACAUCCACAGACCCACUAGAGGAGAGACUAAACAUCCACAGACCCACUAGAGGACAGACUAAACAUCCACAGACAGACUAGACAUCCACAGACAGACUAGACAUCCACAGACCCACUAGAGGACAGGCUAAACAUCCACAGACCCACUAGAGGACAGACUAAACAUCCACAGACCCACUAGAGGACAGACUAAACAUCCACAGACCCACUAAAGGACAGACUAGACAUCCACAGACCCACUAGAGGAGAGACUAAACAUCCACAGACCACUAGAGGACAGACUAAACAUCCACAGACAGACUAGACAUCCACAGACAGACUAGACAUCCACAGACCCACUAGAGGACAGGCUAAACAUCCACAGACCCACUAGAGGACAGGCUAAACAUCCACAGACCCACUAGAGGACAGACUAGACAUCCACAGACAGACUAGACAUCCACAGACCCACUAGAGGACAGACUAGACAUCCACAGACCCACUAGAGGACAGACUAGACAUCCACAGACCCACUAGAGGACAGGCUAAACAUCCACAGACCCACUAGAGGACAGACUCUGGAGCCAGGCUGUACUGAUACAAGGACUGUAUCCUGUAUUGGACCUCCCAAAUGGAACCCUAUUCCCUAUAUAGUGCACUACUACCCCAUGGGCCCUGGUCAAAUGUAGUGCACUUUAGAAUAGGGAGCCAUUUGGGACAAUGAUGUAUUUUGUAGAAACAGUAUAUUGCACACCCCCAGGCAGCGUUGCCAGUAGUGUGUGGUGACUGACCAUAGAAAAACAUUUUGUUCUGGAAAAGCGACUAAACUGUCAUCUUUGUUAAACUGUAUCAUUAAUCAGUGUCAAUAAGGAGACUUGUGUUUAAAAGUCAAGAGAUAAGUAAUGGAACCUCAAGUCAGAAUCCUAAGUGUCCUCCUGAUCACACUCCGUGCCUCUCUACUACUUCUGAUAUGGUCAAACAUCACACCUCUUCUGGGAACUGGGAGUCUCUAUCUAACCAACUCUGGUUUUUGUAUGUUGCUUCUAUUUUCUCUAGGAUUUUGGAUUAACACGGGUGUUCACCAAUUAAAAGAACUGACCGCACACGGAAA